CUUCUAUCAGACUUCUACAUUAUCACCUCUCUUGAACCUCUCUAAACUCUACACGCAAACCACAUAUCAUACACAGGAUACCCUAAAGUCACCACAUUAUAUCCUCCACGAAGUAUCCACAACAACCACAACCACAGCCACAACCACAAAUACAACAACACUGAACCAACCCCGCCAACCUCACUACAUCUACCACCACCACCACACUACCUACCCAUCUCCAACAACCAAACCACCCUCCAAACCACCCAACUCCCAUCCAAAAUGCCAUCCACCCCCCCUACCUCCUCCCACUUCCCCCCGCACCUAACCCUAACCAUCACGCCCCCCUCAUCCACCUCCACCACCACCAGCACCUCCCCAAACACCUCCCCCAACAUCCUUCUCCUCCUCCACGGCCUCGGCGACACAAGCCAAAACCUCACAACAUUAGCCCGCGCCCUCAACCUCCCCGAAACCACCAUCCUAACACUCCAAGCCCCCACCCCUCUCCCCUUCGACCUGGGCGGCUUCCACUGGGGCGACGACAUCACAUUCAGCCCAGCAGGGGACCUAGACAUGGACGCCGGAUUCACGCGCUCCACGAAUACCAUAAUCAAGGAGGUGAUUAUCGACACCUUGCUAAAGAAGUGCGGGUACCGGGGUCGGGAUAUUGUGGUGUUUGGAAUCGGGCAGGGCGGGAUGGUGGGGUUGGAGGUUGCUAGGCAUUUCAAGAACUCCUCGGAAGGAAAGGUGAAUGAGGAGGAGCUGGGAGGUGUGGUGUCGAUUGGGGCGCCGGUGGGGUUAUCUGGAAAGGCACCUGCGACUGGCAGUGGGAAGAGUAGGACGCCGGUGUUGAUUGUUGCGGGCAAGGAAGAUGGAGGGGAGAGGAGUACGGCGGUUACUGCGGCUGGGGUGAGGAGGACGAAGGAGUGGUUUGAGUUUGUGGAGGCGAGUAGGUAUAAGAGGCGUGGGGAUGGGAUGCCGAGGAAUGCGGAGGAGAUGAGACCUGUGAUGGAGUUUUUGGCCAGGAGGUUGAGGAGUUAUAAGGGGGUGCCGGAGGGGAGUGUUGAACUUAGUUGAAUAGUUAGGUGAAUAUGGGGUGGAAGAUGGGUUGUAUGGAUGUGGAAGGUGGAUGAUGAGUCUAUUGUACAUGACAUGCUUCAAACUAGAUACCUAUCUGCUGGCUAGUUGACCUCCUCCAGAGCUGUGCGUGCGCGCUCUAUCGUCUCUCUGGCGUCCUUCUCCGCCGUCACUUCUUCGACUUGUCGGCCACCCUCGCGGGCGGUCUCGCGCAGCUGCGUCUCGGUCUCCAGCAGCGCGGUGCGGCCGUCUUCGCGUACCUCGUUCUCAAACCAGUGUCGCGCGGACUCCCAUUUGCGCUGCUGGUUGCGCAGCGAGUAGAUCAGUCCGAUAGCGGCCAUCGUGCAGGUCUCGUAGA